UAAUUGAUAAAACAGCCGCAGUAUAUAAAGCAAACUAAAAUAAGUAACACCAUCAGUACCAAAACACGUCUGUGAAGAAGGACAUUGGUUUGACAAAAUGUUAAAAUACGUAAUACUUUUGUGUUGUUUAGUGGCGUAUGUGUAUUGUGGUGGACAAAGUAGUAUCAUAAGACCUGGAGGAGGACAUGACCAUUAUUAUCCAAUUUACAAAAAGAAGAAGCAUCACUUUCCAUACCACUUAAUAUAUGCCGGAUUCACGUACUUAACAUUUUUGGCCAUCAAAUUCAAGCUGAUUUUCUUCUUCGGAACCAUAUUUGCGGUACUAUGCGCCGGAGCAAAGGUGUUCGCCUUCCUCAAAUACCUCAACAAAGAGAAAACCCCGAUUAUCUACGACCACGACCACGGCCCGGAGAAGAUCUACAUCCAGGCGCCUAGCCACGGUUACAGCGCACCAGGCAGUUUUGCCGGUCCACCCGGAUUCGACGGCAGCUUCUCACCCUAUUCGGCCGGUCCGUCCGUCGACCACCCUCCACCGGGCGCCGACACCAUCGGCGACUCUUACGGACCGCCCUCGCACGGCCGCAGUGCCAACGACGAAGAAGCCGACGGACUGUUCGAGAGAUACGAAACGUUCGCCAGAAUGAUGAAAAAGGUGAACCUGACCGAAUUGGCGUUUGAUUCCAUGCACCUGACGUCGCUGGACUGCAAGAGGAGGUUUGUGUGCGAGUCAGACUACAGGGCGAACAAUACCAUAAUCUUGAAAGCUGGAUACGAUUGGCUAAAUGAUGAGGAUUACAACAAGUACAAAACCACUGAACCAGUAUCCUCCGAGGAGGAAUGUGCGGAGUUAUAUCCCGAUUGCCCAGACUACGAGAAGAAGGUCCAAAUGUAAUCAUAGUAUUUAUUAAUUAUUUAUUCAUAUUUAUUUAUUAGAUGAAGUUAACUAAAUAAAUUAUUUUAUAUUAAUAACAUUUUUUAAUAACCCUUCCGUACCGUAAAUAACUUGUAAAACAGGA